AUGGUCGUCUCCGGAUGCUGUCUGAGUCGACCUCAGUACAUCAGAGGAGGUCGGGCUUUUGUAUGGCCUGGUAUCCAAAAAAUGCAAAGAUUGACAUUAAAUACUAUGACUUUGGCAAUAGAAAGCUCACAAGUUUACACCCAGUUGGGGGUGGCUGUUUCAGUGACUGGAAUUGCUCAGAUUAAAGUGCAGGGAUCAAAUGAUGAAAUGCUCCAUACAGCAUGUGAAUUAUUCCUGGGCAAGAAUGAAAUUGAGAUUGAAAAUGUUGCCCGAGAGACUCUUGAAGGUCACCAAAGAGCCAUUAUGGGAAACAUGACAGUUGAGGAAAUCUACAAAGACCGGAAAAAAUUUUCCAAAGCUGUAUUUGAAGUCGCUUCUUCAGAUCUGGUGAAUAUGGGAAUCUAUGUGGUUAGCUACACGCUAAAAGAUAUCAGAGACGAUGAGGGUUACCUUAAGGCACUGGGCCUGAAACGUACUGCUGAAGUAAAGAGAGAUGCCAAGAUUGGUGAGGCUGAAGCCAAGAGAGAUGCAGGAAUCAGAGAAGCAAAAGCUGAAGAACAAAGAAUGGCUGCUCGCUUAGCUAAUGACAUUGAGAUCGCCAAGGCACAAAGAGAUUUUGAGUUGAAAAAGGCUGCUUAUGAUCAGGAAGUAAAUACUAAGAAAGCUAUGUCUGACAUGGCCUAUGAAUUGCAGGCUGCAAAAACCAAACAAAAGAUCAAGGAAGAAGAAAUGCAAGUUCUUGUGGUAGAAAGAACACAACAAAUUGCUGUGCAAGAGCAAGAAAUCACACGUCGUGAACGUGAAUUAGAAAGCCAAGUACGUAAGCCAGCUGAAGCUGAGAAGUACCGCCUUGAGAAAAUUGCUGAAGCUAACAGAAACCGAAUUAUCUUAGAAGCUGAAGCAACUGCAGAAGCAAAGAAGUUGAAAGGAGAAGCGGAAGCUUAUGCAGUCCAAGUUAAAGCUAAGGCUGAUGCAGAACAAAUGAAGCGCAAAGCUAUUGCUUGGCAAUCCUAUGAAGAUGCUGCCAAGACUGACAUGAUCCUAGAAGCACUACCAAAAGUUGCUGCUGAAGUUGCUGCUCCAUUGGCCCAGUGUCGCAAAGUAACAAUGGUCUCAACUGGAAAAGGUGAAAUUGGUGCUGCUAAAUUGACGAAUGAAGUGUCAACCUCAUCAGUCAGACUAUGGCCUCAUCUCGUGCAAUGGUGUAAGGGCAGUCCUCAAAACAGCAGACUCAUGACAAGAGGCUUCAAAUGGGCACCUGCAGUCUAA